CUGACUUGUUGACAAUAUUUUGUUAGAAACCACCUACCAGAAGGGUAUUUACUAUAAUUCAUUAUGUCCAGCUUACUAAAUGGGUCUUGGUUAACAGUUUCUGUAAGCAAGGUAGGUGACUCUUACAAUUUUGUUCUUAAGUUUCAGUGGAAAAAAUAUUCAUUAGUUUCUGCCUUGUGAGAUGGCAGAACUUGGACCAAGUUGCUGCACCAGUAUCAGACAAUAAUCUUCAUGCUGGUAAUGCUGAAUAUUUUCUUUUACUGACUGCAGAUUUUGAUUUUUUGUACAUUUUGAUAGCUUAGUUAGCUGUUGUAAUUAAUUAGAUAAUUUAAGGCAGGGUGAAGCUAACUGGAGUGUUGACUGGAGCACUGGAGUGUUCCUUGCUGUGCUUGUGAAGGGUGCUGUUAGACUUUACAGGGACUCCUCCUGCUUCUCUCCAGCCAUAGAGGGGACUGCGUGUUAACAGGAUCAUUUAAGCUUUACCCCUAGUCAGUGCUAAUCUCUCCAGCUCCCUGAGGAUGACAAAAAUGGUUGCAUUUCUCUCUGUACCUGAAGCAUCAAUGACUAGAGCAGAGAUAGAAUUAAUCUUACUUCUGGGCCUCCACAUGUGCUGCAGUGCACACAGCCUGUUGUCCUGCUAGUGCCUGUGGACUGAGGUUUUCUCUUACCAUAAGAGCUUUCCAACUCAGCAUCACUCUUCCUGAUCAGUUGGCCUUAGCAGGGUACCUUGGGAGGCUGUGGUAUAUGCUGAUUAAAACUCUUUCAGGAGUUUUCCACAUUAAAAGUUUUUACAUGCUCUAAAAUAGGAAAGAGUCAAAUGCAUUUCCUGAACUGCUGAAUGCCUCGAAGCUCCAGCAGAGCUAGGUACUCAUCCUUUUGUCGUUCCUGCCUGCCCAUCUUGGACCAUUGGCUCCUGAGGCAUGUAGUCUGAGUCCUGAAGCACAGGACCUACAUCAGAAAUGUGCUGUGGCAACCAGAGUAAUUAAGGGCAAUCAUACUCCUUUCACUUUCUUCAUAUGGCACAACAUCAAUGACUAGAACUAUGCUAGAACUAAUGCUCAAUUCACUAAAACUUUGAGGGAAUAAAGGAUUGUGAAAACAAACAAGUAAAAGGCUGCAUUCACCUUUAAGGAGAUCAGCACAACUGAGGAACAGUCAUGCUUAUCCAACAGGACUGUUUUCAAAUUGCUUCAGGUAUGAGCACAGGCAUUCUGAGACUUCUACUUUGUGGGUUUCAACCUCAUUAUUUUUUUCUCUUAAAUGGUUCCUCAAAUCAGAUAAACAUAAUGCAAAGAAGAAAAGAAACAGAGGCGUAUCAACACCUGACAGAAACUAGUGAGACAUGCACAGACAUGGUGAAGUCUGAGCAUGCAGAUGAACUGUGUUUUGCCCACGCCCAAGUCAGACACAAAACAGCUUCAGAGAGCUGCAGAGCACUGGAUCUCCGAGUAACUCCUUCAAAACAUCUUCACGAUGUUCCUUGCUAAAGCUUUGCUGAGCGGAGGAAGUGGCAGUAGUCGUGGAGGAAACCUUGCACGUGGCCUUGGAGGGCUCCUGACAGGAGGUGGAGGUGCAGGGAAUAUUGGAGGAGUUGUUGGAGGUCUCGUCAACCUUAUAAGUGAAGCAGCAGCUCAGUACAACCCAGAGCCACCUCCACCUCCUCGCAAUCAUUUUACAAAUGUGGAAGCUCAGGAGAGCAAUGAGGUCAGACAGUUCCGUCGCCUGUUUGCCCAGCUGGCUGGAGAUGACAUGGAAGUGAGUGCCACAGAGCUAAGGGACAUCCUGAACAAAGUUGUUGCCAGACACCAAGACUUGAAGACGGAUGGCUUCAGCUUGGACACCUGCCGUAGCAUGGUCGCCGUCAUGGAUAGCGAUGGAAGCGGCAAGCUGGGCUUCGAGGAGUUCAAGUACCUGUGGAACAACAUCAAGAAGUGGCAGUGUGUGUACAAGCAGUAUGACACUGCUCGCUCGGGCACUGUUGGGAGAGCCCAGCUGCCACACGCCCUGAAGGCUGCGGGGUUCCAGCUGAACGAGCAGCUGUGCCGCGUAAUCGUGCGCAGGUACGCGGCCGAGGACGGCAGCAUGGAUUUCAACAGCUUCAUCAGCUGCCUGGUGCGCCUGGACAGCAUGUUCAGGGCGUUCCGGGCCCUGGAUGCAGAUGGCAGUGGGCGCAUCAGAGUGACCAUGGAAGACUGGCUGCAGCUGACCAUGUAUUCCUGAAGGCGCAGGAAAGAGGCAGCUGUGUCUGGAGCACACAUGGGGAGGAUCAGCCCUCUCCCUACGACUGCAGUCUUUGCCUUUAGCCUUUCUAAGGCAGAUGUAGCUAGUGCUAGGUGGCUUAGCUUCAAGUGUAGUGAUUCCUCUUGUGCAUGCACUAGUCUGCUUUUCUGAGGGAUUUGUGUAGGUUGUUGAUUGGGCAGUUGUGUAACUCUGUCUUAAGAAAAUCAUAGCCUCUAUAUUGGGAAGAUCAAAGCUUAGUUGUUUUUUCAUGUAAAGCGGCUUGUAUCUGAGUAUAACUAUUAUAUAAAAAGCUCCUAAGUUUGGUGUGGAUGUUGCUGUUCUGGUUUGUCAGCAGUCACUAAGCUGGAAUAAAGGCUGUUUGCCUGAAGGCAGUCACCGGUAGAGUCUUGUGCAGUUAUUUCUAACAAGGGGAAAAACAUUAGAGUAGCAAUAACUGUAAUGAUCAGUGAACUUACAUAAUCAUUCCAUUUCCUUUCUACUUCUACUUUUUCAUGCUUGGCUGCUGAAGCAAAGCCUCAGUGCUACUGCUGUGGCCGGGACAAAAUUGAGGCUUACACGAGGCUACUUUUGCAAUGGUCUUCUCCUUCCUGCAGUUCUAUGAACUAGUCUUUUCUCUCUUUCCUUCAAGACUAAACAUAGUUACGAAGCAAACAACUUAAAAUACUUCAUUUAUAUUUAGAGAAACUUGAAAUAAUUACACAGUCACAUAGCAGACAGCCAGCCAAAGUCAACCUCUGGCUAUCUGAGUGAAAUUUCAUCAGAGUGCAGCAUCCCACUCAAGCCAGUUAUGCAGUUCUGGCUAAUAAGAAAAAGGAGUAAAAAAAAAAAGGAAGAUGAACUGUCAAAGGUAUAUUUCUUUGAAUUAAAGAUUACAUUGUUGGUCAAAACUACACUUGCACAAGGCAGAUUUCUUGGCAAGGCUCUGCUGCUUUAAAGGAAAAUUGUCUCGGCUGUGUGUGAGUUGGCUGGAGCGUGAAAAGAUGAGUUAAAUAGGCAGCCUGGCUCUGGAGGCAGUCUCCAGAUGUGAGAGUCCUCAUGCCCUUUCCCUUCCCCAGAGACACAGCAGUGACUCACUGAGAAAUACCACACAGUACCUGCAGGCCAUCUGCAUGUUAAUGGGGUGCUGUGCUUUGGUUUGGGCUGUAAACUUCCAUAGCUUUGCUUUCUAAAUCUUGCACUUACACUCGGCAAAUAGUAUUUUUUAAAUUGAUGAAAUACCUUCCCUGGUAUAUUUGCAGAAACCUUUUACUUGAAACUAACUUAAAAUUUGUGCCCAGACUUUUUCCUCCUGCACUUUGAUUAAUAGCAAACAGAAAAAUAUUCAUAUUGUCCAGAGAAAAGAGGCCAAUUCCCUCCUAAUGGCAUUCAGCCUCCUCCCAGUUCUUCAGUGGAAAAGCACUCAGUUAUCAUUGUGCCACACAAUGCCAUUUGGGCUCUGAGUAAUAGAAAAAUGAGCAGGAGGUAAAGUGUGAUACCUCCUCAAAAGUACUGAUGCAAUAGUACUCUGAACUUUAUUCUGCAUCUGGCUUACAGUCCCUGUGCAAAUCUAAAUGGAGAAUUCUUAUGACAGUGCAACUUUAUUGUUUUCCUAAGUCUAAGAUUUACUGUGUUACAUAAAAAAAGCAACAAGAAAACUCCAGUUACCAUAGCAUGCUGUAGGGAAAAUAGUAGCAGAAAGCUGGCUUACUUAAAGAAAACAAGAGUUGUUAAGGUUACAUUAUAUUUUGAUUGUUUUGUGUGGCAUAGCUGCAAAUACCCAAAUUCUGAUGUUCUAUUUUGCCAUUUAGAGAACUGGAGCUCAGCUCACACGUUGCUUCCUUAAAAUAUUCUUGGGUACAUAGGCUGCAAACACUUAGACAUGCAUAGAAAGACAGUUGCAAGUGCUUUUUGCUGUGGUGUUACACACGCACUGAAGGUUUUCCUGUAUUUUCAGUUUAACAUCCAUUUCUUUCUCCAGGCAUCAAACCCCAUCAUUUCUCCUUAACCAGAAUGCCAGAGCAUUUGGAAGUUAGCCAGCAUCCUAGAGUUCAGUAGAACUAGUCACAACAUGAUCUUGCAAGCAUAGUAGCUUUAUUUCCUACUGGAAUGGCUGGAGUUAAUGAAAGUAAUAUGACCUUUAUUUUGUCUUUUUUCUUGUCAUAUUUCCA